AUGAAAAACGAGAAAAUUACAUUGAAGAAGAAGAAGGCGAGAGGAAUCAAGCUGGGGAGGAAAAUCGGGACGGCCUUCAGGUGGGUAAUCCGACCGAGAAGCGCGAUUCGAUCAGUGAAGAACCCGAUAUCCGGGAUUCUGUCGAUGAUCCGGGUCCUGCAGCGGAGGGCUCUGGAGACGGUGAAUAAUAAUUCGGGUCGGAGGAGGGAUUGCGUCCGGUUGGGCCGGGUGAAGCCGGUGGAGGAUUCGGCGCCGAAGAAGGGGCACCUGGCGGUGUACGUGGGGGAAUCGGACGGCGACACGAGGCGGGUCAUGGUGCCCGUGAUGUACUUCAACCACCCACUGUUCGGGGAACUGCUGGAGGAGGCGGAGCGGGUUUACGGGUUCGACCAGACGGGCGGGAUCAGCAUCCCGAUCGGGUAUAAAAAGUUUGAGAAGGUGAAGAUGAGGAUCGACGCCUGGGGGCGGCGGGGUUGA